GUUGUUGAGAUCAGAGCUCAAACUAGUUUCAUUUCUGAGGAAGUCAAACUCAGACAGUCGUUGACACUGAGAGGUGAAAUGGCGCAGAAAGGAGUUCAGCUGGACCGGGAAACCUUUUCUUGUUCGAUCUGUCUAGAUCUACUGACGGAUCCAGUGGCUACUCCCUGUGGACACAGCUACUGUAUGAACUGUAUUAAAAUCCACUGGGAUCAAGAGGAUGUGAAGGGAAUCCACAGCUGUCCUCAGUGUAGACAGACCUUCAUACCGAGGCCUGUCCUCCAGAGAAACACCAUGUUAGCAGAGUUAGUGGAGGAACUGAAGAAGACUGGACUCCAAGCUGCUCCUGCAGAUCACUGCUAUGCUGGACCUGAAGAUGUGGCCUGUGAUGUCUGCACUGGGAGGAAGUUGAAAGCCUUCAAGUCCUGUCUGGUUUGUCUGGCUUCGUACUGUGAGCAACAUCUCCAGCCUCACUAUGAAUCUCCGACUUUUAAAAAACACAAACUUGUUGAAGCCUCUGCUAAGCUUCAGGACUCCAUCUGCUCCCGUCAUGAUGAGGUGAUGAAGAUUUUCUGCCGCACUGAUCAGCGGUGUAUCUGCAUCGUCUGCUCAAUGGAUGAACAUAAAGGCCACGACACAGUCUCAGCUGCUACAGAGAGGACUGAGAGGCAGAGAGAGCUCGAGGUGAGUCGACAAAACAUCCAGCAGAGAAUCCAGGACAGAGAGAAAGAUGUGAAGGAGCUCCAACAGGAGGUGGAGGCUAUCAAUGGCUCUGCUGAUAAAGCAGUGGAGGACAGUGAGAAGAUCUUCACUGAGCUGAUCCGUCUCAUGGAGAAAAGAAGGUCUGAUGUGAAGCAGCAGGUCAGAUCCCAGCAGGAAACUGAAGUGAGUCGAGUCAAAGAUCUUCAGGAGAAGCUGGAGCAGGAGAUCACUGAGCUGAAGAGGAAAGACGCUGAUCUGAAGAAGCUCUCACACACAGAGGACCACAACCAGUUUCUACACAACUACCCCUCACUGUCACGACUCAGCCAAUCUACAGACUCAUCCAGCAUCAAUAUCCGUCCUCUGAGGGACUUUGAGGAUGUGACAGCUGCUGUGUCAGAGCUCAGAGAUAAACUACAGGACGUUCUGAGGGACCAACGGACAAACAUCUCACUGACAGACACUGAAGUCCAUGUUUCACUGUCAGGACCAGAACCAGAGCCCAAGACCAGAGCUGAGUUCUUAAAAUAUUCACGUGAACUCACACUGGAUCCAAACACAACAAACACACAGCUGUUAUUAUCUGAGGGGAACAGAAAAGUGACAAGAAUGAAUCAACCUCAGUCUUAUUCUAGUCACCCAGACAGAUUCACUAACUGGGCUCAGGUCCUGAGUAGAGAGAGACUGACUGGACGUUGUUACUGGGAGGUGGAGUUGAGAGGGAGAGGAGUUUCUCCAGCAGUCGCAUACAAGAAUAUCAGGAGAGCAGAAAGAUCACAUGAAUGUAGAUUUGGAUUCAAUGUCAAAUCUUGGUUGUUAUAUUGUGGCACAAACAGUUAUUUCUUUUAUCACAACAAUGUCCAAACUCCCGUCUCAGUUCCUCGGCCCUCCAGAGUUGGAGUGUACCUGGAUCACAGUGCAGGUAUUCUGUCCUUCUACAGCGUCUCUGAAACCAUGACUCUCCUCCACAGAGUCCAGACCACGUUCACUCAGCCUCUCUAUGCUGGAUUUCAUAUUUAUCCUGAAUCCUCUGCUGAGUUGUGUAAAGUCAAAUAGACAGAAGUCAUUUAAGGGUCAAAUUCUGUGUUUCAUGUCUUCAUCUUGUUUUGUUUCCAUCAUUGUUGCUGACAGCUGAUUGUUGUGGCAUUUCUUCACCUGUCAAUCAAACACUGUGGGCGGUACUUUGCCCUCUUCUCAUUGAUCGUUGUGUAAAUGUUCUCAGCACUUUGGAAAGAAAUCUUUAAUCACAUUUACAUUGAUUUGUUUGGCAGACCAAAUGUUGUUUUUUUUGUCGUCUACACUAAAAUAACAGUAAGGUACUGUACAUAAUUCAACACUGAAUUUCUGUAAAAUAAUAGCUUUUCUGUUUAUAUAUUCUUUGUAAAUUUACAAUCAAAUUUUUGCAGAAUUACAAUAUUUUGUUGUAAAAAAAACAAAUUCUCUAAAACGUGUUAAAAUCCAAAACAUUCUGUGUAACUACAUUUAAAGUCUACAAUUUUAGGGGUUGCUAUCUUUUAAAUAACUUCUGUUGAUUCACAAAAUUAUUCAAUCAAUCUACAACAUGCCGUGUCAAAGUAGAGAAUUUUCAAAGUAAAACAAAGUUAUUAAAAUGAACAGUCUUUUAAAUCUUAUUAGAAAUGUGUCAACAGAGGUAAUCUGUCAAUAAACGUUCUUAUCCUGUAAAUGUGUAAAUUCAGUAUAAUCAAUGAAGAAAGUUGAAAUUCAGAUGUAUUACUUUAUUAAAAGUCGACUUCCAGUGUA